ACUGUUAGUAAGGAGAGACUAGGACGAGCAAUCGAAAUAGAAAGAAACAGGAAACAUUCCACCGAAACCCGCUCAAAAUAUGGAGCAAAAGCACAGAAAUUUACUGCGAAAGAAUAGAGUUGCUUUAGCUAGAGAUCUAGAACCUCGCGAAGUCUUGAAUUAUAUUUUCCAAGAAGGGGUUUUUAGCGAAAGAGACAUCGAAACAGUGAAUAGUCUCACGACAAGACAAGCCCAGGCUGAACGUAUCCUAGAUAUUCUGCCUCGACGAGGUCCUAGAGCUUUCCCCGUCUUCUGCGAUGCGUUAUACCAGAGUGAAGCGAACACGCAUCUUGCAUUGAUCUUGCAGGCUAAUAUUUCGGCCGGGACACAAGAAACUGAGCCACCAAAACAACACAAAGAAAAACUUCCAGUUAAAACCCCAGUAGAAUCUGACAGUGGAAUCAGUGAUCUUGGAACCUUCCCCACAGAUCAGCCAACUGUCAAACCAGUUGACCCAAAUGCCACUAUAAAUCAAUCUGAUGAUGACAUUUAUAAAAUGAAUAGAGACCCCCAUGGCUGGUGCCUGAUCAUUAACAAUGUUAGAUUUGAUGCAGACAGUGGUCUCAAGAGCCGUGCAGGGUCUGAUAUAGAUGCAAGUAAUCUACAGUCUCUUUUUAUGUCUCUGCGAUAUCGAGUCAAGAGGUUAAAUGACUUGACUAUGAGGCAGAUGAAAAAAACUUUGUUUGACUUUGCUAAAAAUAACCACAAGAACUCAGAUUCUGUAGUUGUCUGCAUACUUAGUCAUGGCCUAGAAGGCCGUAUUUAUGGAGUUGAUGGUGGUCUCUUGAAUAUCUCAGAUGUCAUUUCCAUGUUCAAUGGGUAUCAAGCCAAGGAUCUUAUUGGAAAGCCCAAGUUAUUUUUUCUCCAAGCAUGCAGAGGUGGCGAUUUUGACCAUGGAGCAAGAAUGGAGCAAAUUGACAGCCCUACAGAUGUAGAGGAAAAGAUAACCACUGAACAAAUUAUUGAUGAGAUCUUUCCUGAAGAAAUUGAUAGUGGUUUCCUAGAGAAGAGCUCCCUACCUUCAGAAGCUGAUUUCUUAAUUGCCUAUGCGACAGUUCCAGGCUAUGUAUCUUGGCGUCACCAGGAGAAGGGUUCCUGGUUUAUACAGGCUCUGGUUGAAGUUUUCAAGAAAGAUGCCACAACUGAGGAUGUGCUGAGUAUGCUCAUCAAAGUGAACAGGAAAGUCGCCCUUGAAUUUGAAUCUUUUAAUCGUAAGAAGCAAAUGCCGUCACCUGUGGUGAUGCUAACAAAAAAACUAUUCUUCAAUGGCAAUCCUGGAAACAGCUAAACAAAUACAGCUACUAAGAACGAUUUUAGAACAAUCUAAGAACAGUUAUAGGUAAUUACCUCGUAAUGCAAUAUUAAAUUCCCAAACUUAAGUACUCCCCAUAUCACAAAUAAGGAGCCCCUUUCCCCUUGUACUAUAUUUUCCCACUCUUCUUGGGCCCUUUUGCGUUUCUGGCAUAGUAUAUGCUGGAUAUGAUGUAGAUUGUGGGUUGUUAAAGUGCAAUAUCAGAUGCGAGGAUGUUAUUUUUGCUAGAGGACCUUGCAAUCUUGAAAUGCAGGUGCAGGUUAUGUAUGUGUGUUAUUGUAGGUUCAGCAUCUGUUUCGUAUCACUCUUAUCACUCACAAAAUACAACAUUGAUAUGAUGCCUAUGAAAUAAAAAAGGCUGAUCUUUUUUUUUUAUUAGAAUCUCCUAUUUUUGUCUACUAAAAGAUGGAAAAUAUUAAAAGAAAGGCUCAUAA